CAACAGUACAGUUUGUCCUGAAAAUCGUACAAAGUUAGAAAUUUAUCGUUUAUGAUGCAUUUAUAUUUUUGGUUCUUUGAUGAGUGUUUUUAUUGAAUAUGCCAGAAACCUAUCAGUAGAGUUUAUACUUACACAUACAACUUGCCAUGGCCACAGAAAUGAUGAUGGACUCUAGUGAUUUAGCCACUUCUGAUUCGCCAAAACACAAACAACCAACUGCACCUCGAUCCUGGGACAUGCUACGUCAUGAUAUCAAACAGAAAAGAAAACUUUUAUUGACAUUAGCCAGCAGAGUACCCAGUAGUUUCACCUUUAGAACUGUAGACACUCAACAUGGACCCCAUACAAGACUUUAUUUCCUGGGAAUUCCACAGAAUUGUAGAGAGAACACACUUUUAUACGUAGAUAUACCAAAGUCAACAACAGAAAUUGUUCCAGGACUGCAGUGGAAAAAUCUUUUAGAUUCUUUCCAGGCAUCACUAAGUAAUGGUCAGCUUUCCAGAGAAGAGCAGUUAUUACGUGAAAGAAAAAGACUGGGAACUUAUGGUGUCACAUCAUACGACAUGUCUGAUGGGAAAUUUGUUUUCCCAGCAUGCAACAGUUUGUUUUCAUGUAUAGAUUCAAAUGUUUUGUCAGAAGAAACAGUAUUACCAUUAUUCAUCAAUACUAGCACAACAGGAGCCAGGCUAGACCCUAAACUUUGUCCUAAGAAUACUGACUUAGUCGCUUUUGUACAUUGUAAUGAUAUUUGGGUGACUAACACAGUUACACAUCAGGAAUGCAGACUCACAUUUGCACACAAAGGUUUAAGUAGUCUGGCUGCUGACCCUAUGACAGCUGGUGUCCCAUCCUUUGUUGUGCAGGAAGAGUUUGACAGGUAUACAGGUUAUUGGUGGGAACCAGAUACUAAAAAGACAAACCAUUAUAGAAUUUUAUAUGAGGAAGUAGAUGAAUCAGAAGUAGAAAUUCUCAGUAUUUUCUCCCCAUCUGAUGUCAAAGGUGUGGAUGAAUACAGGUAUCCCAGGGCAGGUACUAUUAAUGCCAGAAGCUCAUUAAAAAUAGUGGAGUUUGUAGUUGGAGAAGAUGAUCAGAUACAGGAUAAUAUUAUAGAAAAACAAUUAUAUGAACCCUUGUGUACAUUCUUUCCAUGGAUGGAGUACAUAGUCCGAGCAGGCUGGACACCUGAUUGUAAAUAUGUAUAUGCUCAGUUGAUGAAUCGUCCACAGAUGCGUCUUUCCUUAAUUCUCAUUCCUAUGGAAUGUUUUAUUCCUGUUGCCAUGGAUACAGAUGUUGAGAUGUCAGAUUAUGACUACAAUAUGAAUUAUCCCCCUUUACAAGUGAUAUAUGAAGAUUUUUCAGAUGUUUGGGUUAAUGUCCAUGAUAAUCUUCACUUUUUACCAACCCAGAGUAGUUCAGAAGUAGUCUUUGUUUGGUCCACUGAAAAAUCAGGGUACAGACAUUUGUACAAAGUAACCUCAAAGCUGAAAAACUGUGAUAAUUACAAAAGUGCUUUAGAUUUGAUUGAAGAUGUUUUAGAACCAGAUAUAAUAGAGGAAACCCCCUUAACAAGUGGUGAUUGGGAAGUUAUAAAUAAACAGAUCUGGGUUGACACAGACAAGAAAGUCGUAUAUUUUAUUGGUUUGAAAGAUUCUGUAUUAGAAACACAUUUAUAUAGUGUAGCAUAUGACAAUCCAAAGAAUGUGGUUCGGUUGACUGAAGAAGGAUUUUCUCAUAAUAUAACCAUUAGUUCUGAUUGUAGCUAUUUUGUGACAGUUUAUAGUUCUAUACAACAAACAUCAAUGAGUAAAAUCUUCCGACUCUGUCAUGGAAGAAGAGGAAUUGUUUACACAGAAACACUGGGCACUCUCAUGUUAUCAACAGCAUGUCCUGAGUAUCAGGCACCAAAGUUGUUUAAUUUUGACAGUACAUGUGGAUACAAGUUGCAUGGCCUAUAUUAUGAACCUUAUGGUUGUGAACCUGGAGAAAAAAGGCCUACUGUAGUCAUGGUGUAUGGUGGGCCUCAAGUUCAACAAGUUACAAAUGCUUUUAAAGGAGUAAGAUUUUUGCGACACCAUACCUUAGCUACUCAUGGCUACACAGUUGUAGUUAUAGAUGGACGUGGGUCCUGUCAUAGAGGACUAAAAUAUGAAAGUUACAUAAAACAUAAACUUGGAACAGUAGAAUUAGAUGAUCAGAUUGAAGGCUUGCGAUACCUAGCGUCCAUUGUAGAUUUCAUAGAUUUAGACAGAGUAGCUAUACAUGGCUGGUCAUAUGGUGGAUAUUUAUCUUUACUUGGUUUAGCCAAACACCCAAAUGUGUUUAAAGUAGCAAUAGCAGGGGCACCAGUGGUCAGCUGGAACCUUUAUGACACAGGUUAUACAGAAAGAUAUAUGAACAUUCCUGAACAAGAAGAUGAGAAUUAUAGAGAUAGUUCUAUUUUAACUUAUGUCGACAGAUUCCCUGAUAUAGAAAACCGGCUCCUGAUAAUCCAUGGUUUGAUAGAUGAGAAUGUUCAUUUUCACCAUACAAGUACACUUGUUAAUGCUUUGAUAAAGGCUUGUAAACCAUACCAAUUACAGAUAUAUCCCAAUGAGAGACACGGAAUACGAAACCAUGAAGCGAGUGAACAUUACAAAACCAUGAUUCUCAGCUUCCUUCAAAAUAAUUUGUAACUUUCCAUAAUUGGUCAUCAGUACUGAAUCUCGGUCGACUUAUUGUAGAGGCAAUCAUUUUAUUGCAAAAGUUGAUUCAAUCGCAAAAUUCUAAUCCAAAGCCAAAAAUUCAUUAAUUCAUACUGUUUAUUGCUGAAAUCAACAUGGACAAUUUAGAAAAGAACAUUGUAGAUAUCUGAUAUAACCAGAUUAUUUUUCAUCAAUGCUAGUCUAAUGAAAAAGAUGAAAAAGGGUGAAAUAUGAGUCAAAGAUAUAACUUUGUAUGGUAGCCAACCUUGCUGACUGUGGGAUGAUGUAUAGUCAUAUAAAUUCAUAUCCUUUCAUUUUACAGAAAAUUCUCUGAUUUUUAAGAGAAAUGAAUUUUAAAUCUCUUAUACCCUAGAAUUUUUUAAUGACCAUUACAAAUUGAUUGAUGAAAGUUUUAACAAAAGAUUUUACUAUUUAUCAUUUCAUUGUUUGAGGGGGAUUUAUUCUUAGUAUAUAGAUUUCAUUGUCAAAUUAUUAGAAAUAAUAGAGAACACUGUAUGUGUUCUAUGGUUGCACUACAGUUGUAUCACAAUUAAUUAAAUGAAGGUAUUCAUUCCUCAUUGAUUUAUUUGGUACACGAAACAUAUUACAGAAGCAGUUGUAUAAAAUAUA